AUCAGCCCCAGGGCUCCGCCCCAUCCACAGCUUCGAUUUAAAGCCGGAGCCGGGAACCAGAAGCAGCUCAGAGCGGAGAAGGCACAGAGAGAGGAAAGAAAGAAGUUUCGAUAACCACGAUAAAAGAAGAAUAUGGCUCUAUUGAGAAUUGUGACCACUAUAUCACUGCUUUUCAUCCUUGCUGCAGCAUCUGAACCACAGCAUUUGCGAUUUAAACGGGGGACGAGAAGCUUCGCGUCUAAGGCUACUCAAGGACAUUGCAUGAGCUCAGAUGGCUCAUUUUGGUACCUACAUGAUGAGACAUGGCUACAGAUUGUGGGACGACGGAUCAAAUACUGCCGUUGUAACUGGCCUCGGAUUCAAUGCCACAGUGUACCAGUGCGAGAUUGCACCCAGAAUAACUGCUACAAUGGAGGAAUAUGUCGCCAGGCCCUUUACUCUCAGCACUACGUAUGUAAGUGCCAAGCUGGGUACAGUGGUCAACUGUGUGAGUUCGACACCAAGGCGCAGUGUUACCAGGAUCGAGGGACCGGGUAUCGAGGAACCUGGAGCAUCACCCGCUCUGGCGCAAAAUGCCUGAACUGGAAUUCAACCGCAGUGUCCCGCACCCGUUACAAUGGUCACAGGCCAGAUGCCCACCAAAUGGGACUUGGGAAUCACAAUUACUGCAGGAAUCCUGACAAUGAUACAGUGCCCUGGUGCCAUGUCUACAAUGGCCACAUCCUGACCUGGGACAAGUGCAGCAUUCCUGCCUGCCCAAAGAAUCACAGCUCUGUGUGCUACACCAAAAAUGGGGCAGAUUAUCGUGGAACCAGGAGUUACUCGCAGUCUGGGAGUCGCUGUCUCAACUGGGAUUCUGAAGUGGUCCGCCACAAGCAGCAUAAUGCAUGGAUACACAAUGCUCAUCGCUUGGGGCUGGGAAGCCACAGUUACUGCAGGAAUCCAGAUCAAGAUAUCAAGCCUUGGUGCCAUAUUAUGAAAGGAAGAAAAAUCACUUGGGAAUACUGCAACAUUGAGCAAUGUGCUGCAUCAGCAGGUACCUGUGGGAAGAGAGAGCCUCAAGCAAUGCAGUACCGGAUCCUGGGAGGAACCACCACCGACAUAACAUCCCACCCUUGGCAAGCUGCUAUUUUUGUCUACAAUCGGAGGACAAAGGAUUAUGCCUUCCUGUGUGGAGGGAGCCUCAUUGGUUCCUGUUGGGUCCUCACAGCAGCUCACUGCUUUCCGCGCAGCUUCAAAACGCAAGAGAUCAAAGUGAUCAUGGGGAGAACAAUCCGCAAAGAGGCAUCUGAGGAUGACCAGAUACUGGAUGUGGAAGAGUACUUUGUUCACAAGGAGUUUGAUGAAGACACUUACAAUCAUGACAUUGCUCUGAUCAAACUCCAGUCGAAGCAUGGCCAAUGUGCCAAGAUGACUCGUUAUGUUCGUACAGUUUGUCUACCAUGGGAGAAGCAGCAACUCCCUGCCUGGACUAAGUGUGAGAUCUCUGGAUAUGGAAGACAAGAGGAAUAUUCUGCAUUCUACUCUGAUCAACUGAAGGAAGGAAAUGUCCGUCUCUACCCAUCGCACCGCUGCACUUCAGCUCACCUGCACAAUCGGACAGUCACCAAAAACAUGAUCUGCGCCGGAGACACUCGGGGCCUUGAUGAUGCCUGCAAGGGAGACUCGGGAGGCCCCUUGGUCUGUCCAGUAGAGGGUCGCAUGAAUCUUUAUGGGAUCAUCAGCUGGGGAAUUGGUUGCGGGAAACCAGGAAUACCAGGCGUCUACACCAAGGUCACUAACUACCUGGACUGGAUUCGCAAACACGUGGAUGAAGCUUGAGGACCAAAGAGCAGUCUGAGACACAAUCAGCAGCCUUUGCAACCUUCCCAACCAAAGCUGAACAAUGGGAGUGUCCCCCUGCCCUCCACCCCUAGUGUAAAGAGGAGACAAUGCCUGAAAUGUUGCUCAGUGAGCAGCACUUACCUCCCCAAAGAUUACUGGGCAGCCCAUUGCCAUUUGGAUUGAGAAAGACUUUUUAUUCCAGUACUUUCUCUUGAUUAUCCAAUGCUUUUGAAGCAAUUUUUCUCUGCUUGCGCUGUGGCUGGUCCCUAGAGUUCAAAGUCUUGGGUAAGGAUCAGACUUGUCCCUUCAAAAAGCUGCUUCUUACACACACACACACACGAGUUUUUAAUCAUAUAAUAAUUUUAAUAGUCUUUUUAUUGGAUGGUCAAACUGGCCAUUGGUUGAGUUUCAUCCAUGCCAGGUCUGGUACCAGGCGAACUCCCCAUUUUCUUUCCUUCUUUCUGUGUUCUCUCAGAUUUCUUUUAAACAUAUGCUUGUUCCCAUCGCUGCUUCACCCUGCUCUUAAUAAUCAGGAGACCCAUGACUUUUUUUUUAAUACAGCCAAUUUUGUUCUAUGAAUAAUGUGAAUUAACACCCAGUUGCUGCAUUCAAUUGGCUUUUUGUUAGCUGUUUGUAUUCUGCACUUAUUCUAUUGAAGGGUUCAGUCAAUGAUGAAGUGUUCAGAUUCUCCGUUCAAUAAUGCUCCCUUGUCAUAUUCCAUUGGAUUCAUUGCCGGGCAGUGAUAGCAACCCUUCAUUAAUACAAUGUACAACAGUUACCUGUGAGAGCAUUUGUGUGUGCCUGUGCAUAUGUGUGAGUGAACGUGGUUCUGUCUGUCUAUCUAUGUUUCUGAGGGACUGUUUGUGUGUUUAUCUGACCAAUUUUAUGCUUGAGCUGGACAUCCCGAGCCUGUGUGUCCAUUACUCUUCUUCCUUUAUUCCAAAAUAUCCCUCACACAUAAAUUUACAGUUUUGAGGAACAGGAUUGCAGUGUUGGAGGGUGUUCCAUGCGAUACCAUCUGUAACUCAGCAAAAAAAAAUGCUUCCAUUGCUGAGCACAUCUGGAGGGUCCAAAACUAAAUUUCCUUUCCGUGUGAAAAACCUUUUUUGUGGUGAAAAGAGUAUAGAUGUAUGUUGAGAGCACCUUUGUGUCCUGUGACUCUCUGCACCAUAUACAUUUACAAUGUGGUGUGUUACAGUUCACUCAGGGAGUCUGAUUUUCUGUAGCGACAUAUGCAAGAUAACUGGAGUAACAGAUAGUGAAGGUAGAGUCUCCGUUAUUCUUUCCAUCAUAUUAUUGUUAAAGGGAUUUGUAGUUUGAUAUUCAUCUGUCUGCCUGUGUUAUGAAUGCGCAAUCCCUUGGCAACCAUGUCUUAAAAGGUGGAACUUGAGCCCAGAGCUCUGUUUCAGAGUCAGGGACACUAUCCAGUGUGCCACUAGACCUCAUCCCUUUCACAUCUACAAUAUGUUUGGGAAAUUUAAGUUUGAAAUAUUUUAAGCACUCCUUUUGUGCUAAAAUAUUUAUUAUGCUGAUAUCUUGAAUGUUGUAAGAUUUUGUUUGUUUAACUGGUUAAUGUAUGAAUGCAUUAUUUAAAGAUUUUGUAUUGCACAAUCCAUGUUUUUUUAAAAAAUAAAAGUUUUAGCUAUUUGUUUAA